GGAGGAGGAGGAGGAGGAGGAGGAGGAGGAGGAGUAGGAGGAAGAAGAGGACCGGGCCAGCUAGCACCUGCUCAAGGCAUCGACAGAAUGGCGCUCCUGCAGCCCAAGGAAGCCAAGAACAUCAGAUUUGACUUCAAAACGGAUGACCUGCAGUUCCACUCGUCUGAGGAGGACUACGAGGAGGAGGAGGAGAUGGAACUGGAGGAGGAGGAGGAGAUGCUUGAGGAGGAGGAGGAAGAAGAAGAGUAUUAUGAGGAAGAGGAGGAGGAAGAGGAAUUUGAUAGUGAAGCAGAAGAUCCGGAAGAGGAGGCCCUGUUGAAAGCCAGAGGAGUGAUUGAUGACUACAGCGACGACCAGGGUUUGGUCCUGAAUGAUGCCUCCGACCUCCUCCCUUCUGCCCCCCAAGCUAGGCCGCGGUCCUUGCCAUCUAGUGCUGACCCCUGGGCAGGUGACCCUUCUGCUGGAACCCCCAGCAGGGACUCAGGUGCCUCUCGAGACCCCCUGAAAGAGUUUCGCAGACAGAAAGAGGAGGACCAGAGGAAGCAGGGUGUGGAGGCAGGCAAAGGCAAAGCUGACCAGACUCCUCAAGGAAAGCAGCCAGCCAAGGUGCAAGCCACCCCCCCCAGUGCUCCAGCCAAACAGGUCCAGAAUCCACAGCCUAAGCCAGCCACCUUGCAGACCCCUGCCCCUCAGGGACCUAAGAAACCUCAACCAGCAGCAGCUAGACCAGCUGCAGCCACACCAGGCCAGCAGGGAGCAGCCUCUGAGAGCAAGGGAAAGCCAGUGGAGAGCCAGACAAAGCCCUCCGAUCCCAUCAAGAAGCCUGAGGCCCCUGUGCCACCAGAGGACAGGAAGCUUGAGCUGGAAGGAGCCCCCAAGCAGCGCAAGACAAACCCCCUUGACCGCGUCGUGGCCAAGCUUAGUGGGAGAACAGAGCCCAAGGAACCUCCUCAAAGCACAGCUCAAGCCAGUUGUGAAGGGAAGGCAACACCAAAGCCAUCAGAAAUGACACCGAAGAACCUGACUGUGAACCUGAAUAAACUGAUGGAGAAGGAAGAAACAGAAGAGGAGGAGAGUCAGACUGCUGCCAGUAAAGAAGAGCAGAAAGUGAAGAUAGAUUAUGCUGAAAUACAGAGGAAAAUUCAAGAAGAGGCGUCUAAGUUCCGUGUGGCCGAGGAACAGAAGAUCCGUAAGCAACAAGAAGAGGAUUUGAAAGCACUUAGGGAAAGACUCAAUAAGGAAUUCAGAGAUAUGGAAGAAAAGAUAAGGAAGGAAAAUGCAGCCACACUCCAGAAAUAUCAGGAGGAGGAGAAGAAGAAAACUCAGGCGGCACAAAAGCAGCUUGAGACGCAGCUUCAGGCGGACCACAGGAAGAAGACGGAGGAGAUAAAAGCAAGGCUGAUAAAGGAGGCUGAGGAGGAGAGGGAGAGAACGGCCAGCGCCUUGAGGAAGGAGAACGAGAAGGAGGCGGAGAAGAUUAAGUUGGAGUACGUCCAAGAAAUGCAGAAGAAGAAGGAGGAAAUGCAGCUGGAGCAUGAAGAGGAGAUGCAAGAGCUGGAGGAUGAGCUGAAGGCACUGUAUCAGGAGCAGAAGGAGGUUGCGCAAGCAGAAGUCGGGGCAACAAAAGCUGCUAUUGCUGCCAGGAACAGUAAUGAGGCAGCAGCAGUGGCAGACCUAGAGCGCAGCCUGACAGAAGUGUUGCGAGAACGGCAGGCUGAUGUGAAGAGGGAGCACCACAAGCAGCUGACGGUCCUCCGAGACGAGCUGGAGGAGGAGCUUGAGAUGGCAGCGAGACAAGCUAAAGAGAAGGAAAAUGCUGAGAAAAAGGCCCAUGCAGCUAGACUAGCUCGUCUCAAGGAAGAGCAUGAAGCAGAGGUUCGUCAAAGUGAAGAAACUCAUGAGCAAGAUAUAAAGGAUUUAGAGACUCAGCAUGAAGAGGACCUGGCCAAGCUCAAGGCUGACUUCAAGGCAGAACUUACCCUUCAGAAGACAGAACUGGAGAACAAGCUGACAGAGUUUAGAAUAGAGUAUGAGCAGAGGAUGAGCAGUAUGGAGAAUGGAGAAGAGAAUGUCUGUGAGGAAGAGAUCGAGAGGGAAGACUUUGUGAAUGAGGAUUCCUUACAGUCCCAGAGCAAUGUCAGAGAGAGAAAGGCUGGUAACGUCACUAGUGUAAAGGCAGGGAGGUUAAAGGAUGAAGAAAAGAAGUAUGACCAGAUCCUGAAAGAGUUACGAGACAGGAGGAUGAGUCUGGAGGAGGACCUGGAAGAGUUGAAAGCACAGGAAAGCAAAGUGAAGGAACUUAAGAAGCAAAAGCAAGUGGUAGACCCUUCCAGUUGCUGUGAGGCGGGUCCUUGUCUCCAUGAAUCCAAGUACAAGAAAAUGAAAGCCAGAUACUCCUCUUUAGUCAGUCGCAUCAAGUCUGAAAAAGCCAAGAAGUCUCGAAAGAUGGCCGCAGCUCAGGAGUUGAGUAGCCUCGACAUGCACUCGCUUUCAGGGGACAGAAAUAGUACAGAAAGCCAAGUGAAUGUGUCUGAUGGGGGGCAGCAGUCUGACAUGACAUCCAGCCUGCUGUCGAGCCCCAAGCCCUCUCCACAUCACAUCAAAAGCACAAGUGAGGCCAGUGAGGAUGAGGAGUUGCAGCUGGCUAUGCAGGUCAUGGGGAAAUACAGCAGAAUUUCAGAUUACAGCCUUGCUCCUUCCUCGCACUUGUCCACUGUAAAUGGUAGCUUGAAGCAUACAAUGACCAAACCAAUGGUAAGCACCCCUAAAAAAGCUUGGCUGGAAGAUGACUUACUGGCACAUGGCCGGAAAGUGCUGAGCAAAACAGAGAAGUUUCUAAGAGCAAAUCAACUCAGAGACCACACAGGAAACAGAGACAUAAAAGCAGAAGACAUCCAGAGGGAGAUUCUGCGCCAGAAUGCAGACUUUGAAACACUUCCUUCGAGAAAGAUUCCCUCUCGCCGUCUGUCCUUAGCUCAUGGAGGGGGGGGAGGGGGAGGAGGAAGAGGAAGAGGAGGAGGAGGAAGAGGAAGAGGAGGAGGAGGAGGAUCUUUAACCUCUGACACAGAAUCUGACGAACCAACACAGGAAGUCCCAUCGGGGUCUUCAGACUUCGGUCUUGACCAGAUAUUAGCAAAAAUUAGCUCAGAGACCAAGCAGUCUCCUGUCCAUCAACGGCGGCGCCCAUAUGGAACCCAGGAGUCCCCGAGGCCCCUGCGAGCAACAGCCAGCCUGGAGCGGGGCCUCAACAACAUCUGCUAUCCUCUGAAUCCCUCAGGCUACAACACAGUGACACCAACAGGACCUGUUCCUGUUAGACUGAACCACUUGAAUGCUGGUUCUGUUCCUGAUCUCGGGCCAGAUACAGUUGACAGAAUUGCCGGGGUCAAUCAGUACUUACAGCAGAAGUGGACUAAUUAUUUUGGAGAGCUUUCUGUCCCAUUAGGAGGAAAGGCAGGCUGGCCCUCACAGGUCAUAGGUCAGUCAACCUUUUUCCUAAACAAGAACAGCACCUCUAAAUUCUUCCACAAAGGUGAUGUGUCUUCUUCAGCCACUGGGAAGAAUCAUUCCCCGUUUGUGGCUACUGCCGGCAUGACCACAGUCACUCAUCAAGAAGACAUCAAUAUAACUCAGAAAAUCGAUGACCUGCGUGCUUGGUUAGACAGCGCCCAGGCCACCUCAGCAGUUCUGAGCAAUGCAAAUAAGUGAGCAGGGUGGCUUACUGGUGCACCCAAGUGUGAAAUUUUCAUGACUGGUUGCAACCCAUUUUGGUCUUCCACAAUCCACAUACCGGUACUAUGUGACAGGAGGGAUCUUCGGUGAACAAAAUUAAUAUGAUAACCAAUAGCCUUGUGCUCAAUACAUUGUUAAGAGUAUUGAAGCCUUAAGGGAGAUUUCAUGAUAAGUUAUUUUGAUAACUCUUACUGAUAUAUUACUUUCCAUGGAAAAGUGUCAUAUUCAGAGAGUAUUUUUCUAUUGAACUAUUUUAAUGGUUGAAAACCAAAGAUGUAAAGGAUCCUCCUGCAUGUUUGUUUUUGUUUAAUACCUUUAAAUAUAAAACAUUAGUCCAUCCAGAAUCUGCCUUCAGGAGUUAUUCCAUCCUUUGCUAAAAGAAUUAAAAGAGUUCACUUCCUAGAAUGGGUGCCAUAGAAUGUGGUUCUGACUUAUAAAAGAUCUACUCUACAUUUAAAGUUAACUAAGAAGACUGUAAAUAUUUUUGUAAAUGUACAAAAUAAAUUUGUUACAAGUUA